AAGAAGAAUAUCGAGAAGAUUUUGGCCGAGGGAUGGAGAUAUAUAUCCCAUGAGCUGGGAGAAUCGAAUCGAUAAGUUCUUGGAACCCUUGUUCUAGGGGCUGGAUGGAAUGGGGGGCAAAUGGAGCUUGGCGACGGGCGCCUUGCGCUGGGAGUGAUCCAGGGCGAUCCAAUGCCAGCGGCAGUGGAUUUCUGCGUUGCCGAGGCUAGGGCAAUCACGAAAUGGAUCGAUCGAUUCCAGUGCGAGCGCGAUCCAGGUAAUCUCUCCAUUUUACGCAGCUGUAGAAGAAAACAAGGAAAAGAAAAAAGAGAGAGCUACAGGCCAGGCCAGACAAGACUGACAAGCGAAGAGGAAGAUUAGAUAGAUAGAGAUAGCAAAGGAAGGGAUGCAAAUCAAUGCCAUUUCACGCGCUCCGAGAUGGAAGAGUAGGAACACAGUGCUCUACUGGAGUAGCAGUAGCAGUAGCAGUAUCAGCGUCAGGCACAACAAGGGUCUGGAAAAUCACAGGAAUUCUUCUUUCUCCUUGUCCAGGUAUGUUCUCGGGAUAGAGAAAACUCUUGCUAGAGGCCGGGAGGGGCAUUCCAAGGCAGGGAUCCGAAUUGAGCCAUGGGAAGCUCGCGCUUCUCUCCUGCUGCUACAUUUCGAUUCGCAGCAGCAGUGGCAGCAGAGCUAGCAGCAAGCCCGCAAGGCAGUGGCACGAAUCAGACUAGUAGCGAGAACACCAACAACACCAGCAGCGUUCCAGCUUCGUUCCGGCCGAGCAUCGCAGUCAUUGUGGGAGUUCUCACGACGAUGUUCUCGCUCACUUUCCUGCUGCUCAUCUACGCUAAGCACUGUAAGAGGAAUCCGGGUGGAGUCUUUGGAGGUGGUGACGAGCUCCCAAUGAUUUUGCCGCAAGGUCACCAGCAGCAGCAGCUCCUUUUCGGCCGGACCGACACUGGCAUCGACUCGGCAGUGGUGGAAGGGCUUCCGACCUUCUCCUUUUCGUCGCUCAAGGGGAACAAAGACGGCCUCGAGUGCGCUGUGUGUCUCUGCAAGUAUGAGGAGCGCGAGAUACUUCGGCUCCUUCCCAAGUGCAAGCACGCCUUUCAUGUCGACUGCGUCGAUACUUGGCUUGGAUCUCACUCGACGUGCCCGCUGUGUAGAAGCCAUGUUUCUGCCGAGGAUCUCCUGGUGGUCGAUGAGAUGAUGCUGCUCAUGCUCUCCUCCAGGAGGAGAUCACUAGAUCAAGUUCCUCAGCAGCAGCCUUCGAGAAGUUCUUUGGAUAUCGACAUGGGAUCGGCUCACGGUACCGGCUUCCAGAUCUACAUCCAGAGAGAGGACAACGACGAGCCGGCCUAUUCCUUGAAUGCGGUGGCGGAAGAGUCCGAAUCCUCUGGUUUUGUUGCGGCGAGCUCUACUCCUCGAGAACCGGCUAGAUCAGAUCAUGGCUGUCUGCGGAGAGUGGGUCACAGGAUCAUUGUCUCAGACGUGUUGCUACAAAGGAGAUGGAGUGAUUUGGUUCCGUCGGACGUGCUUUUCCUCGGCAGCUCACAGGCACUCUUUUGUCCGAGCAUAGAGCACACGAGUUUUGCUCACUCCAAGCAGCCUUCCUCGCUACUCAAGAGAGCUUUGUCGCUUGGAAGAAACGUAGACACGAUGGGCAGUACUCGCUCGUCCGUGGUGUGCUCCCAGCGGUGUAUGUCCGAGAUGACAGGACUGGACAGGCUACACAACAGCUCGACUUUGUUCUCCAAGAAGGACAUCCUUGCUUCGAGUACCCGGCAUCAAGUUGACGAGCACGAGGAGGCUAGCCGAGUGAUGUGGAGGUCCAUUGCCAGAAGGACUCUCAACUGGCUGAUGAGAAGGGAGAGCAGUAGCAGCAGGAUCAUCAACUCAAGCACGACUUCUUUUCCGUGGCUCGGAGGAGGGCCUUACAAGCAUUCAGUGACAACAGGAGCAGCAGUAUAGCAGCGUCAGCAGCGGGGAU